AUGUAUGAUAUGAAGGAUAGAGAGGAAGGAGCAGGAUCAUCAGGACUGUCAAACGGACGCGAUGCUGGCUUUUUGGAAGGGAUAGCAUCUCCUCCAGCUGGCAAUGCAUAUUUUCUCCCCUUUGUAUGUGAUGGCUGUUCAGGUGUCUUUUGUCUUCAGCACAGGAGCCGGGAUGCUCAUGGGUGUUCAGAGGUGAAUAUAAGAAACAAUUCUGUGAAACCAGAUCAGCACAGAUCUUACCCAUGCUCAUACAAGGGCUGCAACGGAAAGGAGCUUUUGCCAGUUUUAUGUCCCUAUUGUGAAAAACAUUUUUGUCUAAGACACCGGCAUCAAUCAGACCAUGAAUGUGAGAAACUGGACACACCAAAACCUCGAAUGGCUGCCACUCAGCAGCUAGUUAAACAUAUUAUAGAUUCUAAAAAAAAUGAGGAAGCAAAAAGCAAAAAACGUAAAGGAGCAAGAAACAGUGAGACAGCAGCAAAAGUGGCAUUAAUGAAACUGAAAAUGCACGCGUGUGGGGACAAGUCCUUGCCUCAG